CAAAGCGCAAGUUCGACUACCAAUACCACCUCUAUUUCUGUAGACGUCGAGCGCGUGUGCCGGGAAGAUCGUUCAGUGUUCAGUGUGGCUUAGACUUCAACCGGACUGAGUCUGGCCAAUCCUGUCUCCGGCGUGUGAUACAAAAUACCAGAAAUAGUUGGCAGAACAUCAACAGAUCAACAGAUAAGUGAUAUCUUAUUUUAAGGAAUAAAAAGUGACGUUUUAGUGCCUAAUGAGGAUUGUCGCGUGAGACGAAUGUUAACAUUUUCCGAUAAACUGGAAAUUCUGUUCUUAUCGAUAACUACCGAAAACAUAGUUAUCGCGACCAAACGAAGAUCAUUUGUCGAGUUUGAGCUUGAACGUGAAACGAAACACACGCGCGCGGAAGGAAACAGCUUUAAAACGCAAAUACUAGUCACAAAUAUUUAAAGCGGCCUAAAUAUCUAUAAGAAAAUAAUCUAUGCGAGGGUAAAAUAAUUAGAUAACUAAAUUCGUUUUUUAAUUUUAUACGAUAUUCAAAUUAAAGUAUCAAAAUAGUGGUAAUAUUGUGAUUUUAACGAAAAUACAGCGACCGACAAAAUGCAUUCCAUACGCGCUCAUCAAUCGUUGAACAAACAUAGAAGUGCUUUACAAAUAUGGAAGAUUGCUACAAGAUACUUCGCCGCAGAUGUAGAAUACAAACCAAUCAGAAGUGUCCUCGUCGCCAAUCGAGGCGAAAUCGCCAUUCGCGUGUUUCGUGCCUGCACGGAACUCGGUAUUCGCUCCGUGGCGAUUUAUUCAGAACAAGAUAAGAUGCAAAUGCAUCGGCAAAAAGCAGACGAAGGUUAUUUAGUAGGCAAAGGAUUACCUCCUGUUCAAGCUUACCUGAACAUCCCCGAGAUCAUUCAAAUUGCCAUGGAAAACAACAUCGACGCCAUACAUCCCGGUUAUGGAUUCCUUUCGGAGAGAUCGGAUUUUGCUCAAGCAGUGACUGAUGCUGGUAUCAGAUUCAUCGGACCUCGUCCUAAAGUCGUUCAGCAAAUGGGAGAUAAGGUGGCUGCUAGACAAGCCGCGAUUGAGGCUGGAGUUCCCAUCGUUCCAGGAACGGACGGACCGGUAACGACUUCCGACGAGGCGAUAGAGUUCUGUAUGAAACAUGGGCUUCCGGUAAUCUUUAAGGCAGCAUACGGAGGAGGAGGACGAGGUAUGAGAGUCGUAAGACAAAUGGAAGAGGUCCGUGAGAUGUUUGAUCGUGCAUCUUCAGAAGCCGCGGCUGCUUUCGGAAAUGGCGCGAUGUUCAUCGAGAAAUUCAUCGAGAGACCACGUCAUAUUGAAGUUCAAUUACUCGGAGAUAAUGCUGGCAAUGUCGUGCAUUUAUAUGAACGCGACUGUUCUGUGCAGCGUCGUCACCAAAAGGUAGUCGAGAUCGCGCCAGCUCCAUCAUUAUCAACCAAGAUUCGUGAUAAGAUGACCGAAUAUGCAGUUAAAUUGGCAAGACACGUUGGUUAUUCGAAUGCCGGUACCGUGGAAUUUUUGGUCGACGAAUCCGGAAAUUUUUAUUUCAUUGAAGUCAACGCAAGAUUACAAGUUGAACAUACAGUAACCGAGGAAAUAACCGGAAUCGAUCUUGUGCAAUCUCAAAUUCGAAUCGCCGAAGGCAUGACAUUACCCGAGCUCGGUAUGACACAAGAAAAAAUUAAGCCUCAAGGAUUCGCGAUCCAAUGCCGAGUGACUACGGAAGAUCCAGCUAAGAACUUUCAACCAGAUACCGGAAGAAUAGAAGUCUUUCGUUCUGGUGAAGGCAUGGGCAUUCGAUUGGACGGAGCUUCCGCGUUUGCCGGAGCUAUAAUCUCGCCAUUUUAUGAUUCACUUCUCGUUAAGGUAAUCGCCCACGCUGGUGAUCUUCAAUCAUCCUGCGCCAAAAUGAAUCGAGCUCUCCGCGAGUUCCGCGUGCGCGGAGUAAAGACAAAUAUCCCUUUUCUAUUAAAUGUUUUGGAGAAUCAAAAGUUCCUUAACGGUAUCAUCGAUACAUAUUUCAUCGACGAGCAUCCUCAGCUUUUUCAGUUCCAGCCAAGCCAGAAUCGAGCGCAAAAAUUGCUAAAUUAUCUCGGUUCGGUUCUAGUAAACGGCCCGAGCACACCAUUAGCUACUCAGCUGAAGCCGGCGGACAUCAAACCGCACAUUCCACAGAUUGCUCUAGAUGUUUUGGAUCCUCCAAAAGGAUUCCGUCAAAUUUAUAAGCAGCAAGGUCCAGAAGCCUUCGCCAAAGCUAUUAGACAGCACAAAGGUCUUCUUUUAAUGGAUACUACAUUCCGCGAUGCGCAUCAAUCCCUUCUGGCAACUCGCGUGCGAUCGCACGAUCUGCUAACGAUCUCUCCAUUCGUUGCGCACAAAUUUAACAGCCUCUAUUCGUUGGAGAACUGGGGUGGUGCGACUUUUGAUGUAGCCUUGAGGUUCCUUCAUGAGUGUCCUUGGGAACGGUUGGAGGACAUGCGCAAGGCCAUUCCCAAUAUCCCGUUUCAAAUGUUGUUAAGAGGCGCUAAUGCUGUUGGAUACACAAAUUACCCUGACAAUGUGGUCUUCAAGUUCUGUGAAUUGGCUGUGAAGACCGGCAUGGAUAUCUUCAGAGUAUUCGACUCACUCAAUUAUUUGCCAAAUCUUAUCGUUGGUAUGGAAGCCGCCGGAAAAGCCGGAGGUAUCGUUGAAGCGGCAAUUUCUUAUACGGGCGAUGUGAGCGACCCAAGUCGUACGAAGUAUAACUUGAAAUAUUAUACCGAUUUGACGGAUGAAUUGGUCAAAGCGGGCACUCAUGUCCUGGCGAUUAAAGAUAUGGCCGGAUUACUCAAACCAAGAGCAGCCGAGAUGCUGAUUGACGCGAUCAGACAGAAGCAUCCGGAUAUACCUUUGCAUAUACACACGCAUGAUACCGCUGGAGCAGGAGUGGCCUCCAUGUUAGCUUGUGCAAAGAGCGGUGCCGAUGUUGUGGACGUUGCCAUUGAUAGCAUGUCCGGCAUGACUAGUCAACCUUCUAUGGGCGCUAUUGUUGCUUCUCUUCAGGGAACAGACAUUGACACAAAACUAGAUCUCUCUGAUGUCUCGGAAUAUUCCGCAUAUUGGGAACAAACGAGAACACUCUAUGCACCCUUCGAAUGCACAACAACGAUGAAAUCUGGAAACGCGGAUGUUUAUCUCAAUGAAAUUCCCGGUGGACAGUACACAAAUUUACAAUUCCAAGCUUACUCGCUCGGUCUAGGCGAAUUCUUCGAAGACGUGAAGAAAGCGUAUAGGCAUGCUAAUCUCUUGCUCGGUGAUAUCAUUAAAGUCACGCCAAGCUCUAAGGUUGUCGGUGAUUUAGCGCAAUUUAUGGUUCAAAAUAAGCUGACGGCCGAUGAUGUACUGAAGAGAGCCGAAGAAUUAUCGUUUCCUAAAUCGGUGGUCGAGUUUCUUCAGGGCGCUAUAGGUGAACCUUAUGGAGGAUUCCCUGAGCCAUUAAGGUCGAAAGUUCUCAAGGACAUGCCACGCGUGCAAGGUAGACCAGGUGCGAGUUUGGCACCGCUCGAUUUCGUUGCCUUGAAGAAAGAGCUGCAAGAAUCUCAUCCACACAUCACCGAAGAGGACGUCAUGUCGGCCGCACUUUAUCCUAAAGUAACAAAGGACUACUUGAGUUUCAGAGAACAAUUUGGUCCGGUAGAUAAAUUAGAGACCAGAAUCUUCCUUACGGGACCUAAAGUGGGCGAAAUAUUUGAUGUCACAAUUGAGAAGGGCAAAACUCUCAGUAUCAAAACUCUGGCGGUUGCCGAGGAUCUCACAAAGAAUGGUGAACGCGAAGUAUUCUUCGAAAUGAAUGGCCAGCUAAGAUCUGUAUUUAUCAAGGAUAAAGAGGCUGUCAAGGAACUUCAUGUGCAUCCAAAAGCGAUAAAAGGCGACAACAAUCAGGUAGGAGCGCCGAUGCCCGGUGAAGUAAUCGAUAUCAGGAUAAAAGUAGGUGAUACCGUGGAAAAAGGUGCACCACUAGUCGUAUUAUCCGCUAUGAAGAUGGAGAUGGUCGUACAGGCGCCAAGAGCAGGAAAAAUCAAGAGCCUUGACAUCAAUUUGGGUAUGAGACUUGAAGGAGAAGAUCUUAUCUUAACAUUCGAAUAAACUCUCAUAUUGAUGAAAUGUUCUUGCAAGGUAACUCCUUCGCACAAAAAUGAUAUGAAAUAUUUAUUGUAAAAACUGUUGCAAAUUGUUUGCUUCGAUAAUGCGUACGGAAAGUAAAAUCUUUAUCAUACGAAAUCUUCGCCAUACGACUAAUCAAAUAAUUAAACAAAAUUUCAUGUAAACAAAAUUAUUUUUCCAAAUUUGUCUUCAUUUAAAAAAAAUGUACUGUUUUAUUUUAGAAUAUAAUUCAAAUAUUCUGUGCAUAUAAUUUGUGCAUACGAAACAAAUGCAUGCCAAUAUGAUUAAUGUGAUACAAUCGAAUGAAGCUGCCUAAGAGACAUCAAUUAAUACCAGAUAUAAAGCAUUCAUUUAAAAAAAUUUACUCUCUUAGGAACUUAAAAAAUUCAAUAAUAAUACUAUCAAAUAUUCCAAUAAUUUGUUUUUUCAAGGAUUUAUAUAAAAUAAGCAAUUGAUGAGCGCUUGUGACAAAUUUGACAUUCGAUUAUACAAAAAUUGAAAAUAUUGUAUAUUAUAUAUAUAUUCUUUUUAUAUAUUUUAAAAUAUAAACAGAAGUAUUAUAUAUAUAUAUAUAUAUAUAUAUAUAUAUAUAUAUAUAUAGAUUUUUAAUAAAAAUAUAAUUGCGAUCAAUUUGAAAUAACAUCGAUAUACUUAAAAAAAAAAGAAAGAAAAUGAUUGUAAAAAUUAUAUUUUUAUAAAAAACUUAUUGAGCUCAAUUAUUUUUCACCGAUCAAUAUUCAAAUACGCUUUUGUAUAAAUCGAUUACAUUGGCGAGAUUAACCUUUUUUGUUUUUAUGAUGAACAAUGUACAAAAGAACGGGAAAAAAUCAAAUACUUUCUCUUCAGCUGUUCAGAUUUUAUAUUAAUUGUAGCAUGUAUAAUAUAAGCAAUCACUCUGAUAAUUUAAUUACGAUAAUUCAAGCUAAGCCUUCACGAACGAUUUAGCAAGUACAUGGAAAAAACUUCUUCAGGGAACAAAGGCAAGAAUAUUUCUGAAAACUUUGUCUUUGUUUUCAAAAUCAAGAUCAAAUAUUAUGUCUUUUGAUAAAAAAAAAAUUACACAUUGAUUAAAAAAGAUUAUCUUUAGCAAAAGAAUAAUAAACAAGACAUAUAUAUAUAUAUAUAUAUAUAUAUAUAUAUAUAUAUAUAUAUAUAUAUCUAUUCUAUGAUUUUAUAAUUACUUUAAUACGUAAUUUUAGGCAAAUUGUUAUUCAAAAGAUAUAGAUAUAUAUAUAUAUAUAUAUAUAUAUAUAUAUAUAUAUAAUUAUCAUAAACAUUUAUAGGAUAUAAAAUUUCAUUUCUGUUAUUGUAAACUAUUACAUGCGAUAUAUUUAUUUAAAGAAGUAAUUUCUUGAAAAGUGAUUAUUGCAUUUGUAGAAUACAAAUAUAACAAAUGCAAAAUAUAAAAUCAUAUUUUAUAUUUAUACAUUAUUUUAUUAUAAUCGUUUUUUUCAGAAUCUAUGGUAAUUUGUUCCUUGGAAAUAAAUUUAUUACAUUAUAUAUAUUAUAAUCUAUAUAUUAAAUUAUGUAUUCUUAAAAAAUUUUGUUUUAUAUUUUAAAUUAAAAUAUAUAUAUUUUUGAACAGAAAAAACACAUACCUUUUGAUCUACAAUCACUUCAAUUACCUCGCAAAUAUGUAUGUGUGUGUGUGUGUAUGAAAAUGUUCUGUCUAAAAAUAAAACAAUAUAUUACUUAUCAAUA